UCCCGCGAGAGUUGUCGGAUUCGGGACUGUGAAGAGGGGAAAAUGGAGCUAUGAGGGCUGAAAAGGAGCAGAGAACAGGAAGCAGGGAGAGAGGCAGCGUCGAAAUCCAGUUCGGGGAGUGUCAGAGGGAGCAUGACAACGUCGCGGUGAACCCGAAGCACAAGGAGGAAAAGAAGGAGAUCUUUAGCAAGGUUGUCAUACGCAGACUGCCCCCCAGUCUAUCAAAAGACCAGCUCGAGGAGCAUCUGAGUCCUCUUCCAUCUUUUGACUAUUUUGAGUUCUUCCCUGCCGAUCAGAGCCUUUACCCACAUCUCUUCUCAAGAGCAUACAUCAACUUCAAAAACCAAGAGGAUAUUAUUAUUUUCAGAGAUCGGUUUGAUGGCUAUGUAUUCAUUGACAAUAAAGGCCAAGAGUAUCCGGCUGUUAUAGAAUUCGCACCAUUUCAGAAAGUUUCUAAAAAGAAGUUAAAGAAGAAAGAUGCUAAAGCAGGAACCAUUGAAGAAGACCCAGAAUACAGACGAUUUCUGGAAAACUACUCUUGCGAUGAGGAGAAGUCAGUGGCCAACCCAGAAACACUACUGGGAGAGAUUGAAGCUAAAACUCGAGAACUUAUAGCCAAAAGGACAACACCAUUACUGGAAUACAUUAAAAACAAGAAGUUAGAGAAACAGAGGAUCAGAGAGGAAAAAAGAGAGGAGCGACGGAGGAGAGAACUGGAAAAGAAGCGUCAGAGGGAGGAAGAGAAGAGAAAGCGCAGAGAGGAGGAGAGACGAAAGCGCAAGGAGGCCGACAAGCAGAAAAAGCUCUCAGAGAAAGAGAUAAAAAUCAAGCUUCUGAAGAAGUGUGACCGAGAUGAUGAUGUGGACUCAGAUAGACUGAAAGAUAAAGGAGACAGCGGAGAGACGGAAAAGAACAGAUGGGAAAAGCCGCUGGGACACACUAAGUCAAAGGAUUCUAAGGAUCCUAAGGGUCAAAUCGAGAAUGACAAGGAGCAGCGGGAGAGCCAUGGCCGUCGCCAGAGGGACAAAGAGCAUCGUGGCAGAGACGAGGAUCGUAAACGGCAAAGGCAUCACUACGAGUUUGAUAAGUUCAUGCGACGCAAGGAGGAGACCAAAUGGGGUAAAGGCUACUGCCAGGACAGGGCCAAGAAAGACCAACAUCACGGCUAUUCCUUCUGCCCAGAGACGGGCGACAAACUCGGUAAAGAUGACAGAGAAGACAUGGGCAACAGAAAAGAACGCAUUCGUAACAAGUCUGUGUUAGUGCAUCAGGAGAAAAGGACUUCCCAAUCUGAGGGGCCAGACCAGAUAGGAGGGGCUCUGCCAGCAAAGGACCGCCCGGCAAUGCAGCUUUACCAACCUGGUGCCCGAAACCGCAAGCGCAUAGGCUCCGGAAACAAGACCUUUGACUUUCCGCCCAUUUCACCUGAACAUGAAGGAGAACCCUGCUACAAAACGGUCAUAGGAACAGGCUCGGAAAAAAGUGCAGAUGAGUGAAAGCAGAAGUGUACUUAGAAACAGGGGUCACGUUGGUACAACAGGAUGAACAGUUAACUUCAACCUUGUUUCUGUUUUCUCUGUGAAAUGUGUGAGUACAGUGCAAACCAACCCACGUUUUCAGAGGAACUGAGAGAUAGCAUCAAAAAUAAAUAUUCUGCAUCACCUUCCAUCAUGUUCUUUCUUGUCUGGAACAGCACAUAAUUUUUAUCAUUGCAUUCUCUCAUUUUUUUGUCCGUGGAACAGCACUGAUUUUUUUUUAAUUAACUAGAUACUGUACAGUAUGAGGAUCGUGCGAGUAUUAAAAUUGUACCUAUGUGACUUGUGCACUCUAUUUAAAGUCUUCUGAUGCCUUUGUGUAAAGUGAAGGUUAUUUGGAUAUGUAGGGAAAUUUAAAUAACUAAUUCUUGACACUGACUACUUUUAUAAUGCUUUUUUGGAAUAUUUUUGCUUGAUAGCUUUGUUCCUCCUUUUCCUUUCCUUAUAUGAAAACAGUGCCCAGAAAAACCCCUUUCUUUGUGUUCCACAGAAGACAGAAAGUCAGAUUUGCAAGUGCGACGGUGAGUAAAGAAUGCCAGAAUUCUAAUUUCUUAGGAGAACAAUACCAUUAGUCUUUUUCAACAUGGGCUUCUGUACUUAACUGAUUUAUAUUUAAGUCACUUCACUGAGAAAAAUACCUCAUUAUUUACAGAGAUCAAAUUUGUAUGCUUUUUGUAGUGCAAACAAAUGGAUUCCAUUAGAGAAGAGAAUAUAGAGUAUAUAGAUUUUACUGUACAGAAAAUAUGUGUUGUGAAAUCUGUAUUUUAAAUAUUGAACUGUAUCUGUAGGGUUAUGCUUAAAGUUACAAAGCUAUUUUUUUGUUAAGAGUAUAAAAUCAGUGUGAUAUUGUAUUAAAUAAAGCAUGCAAGACUUUAUACUGUAAUGGCUUUAAAUGAAGAAUUUGUUGUCCCUUAUACAGUAUGUAGACAUGCAGUAUGUAGAUAUUGUGGCUUUACUAGUAUUCAGCUUGAAAAUAUCACACAAAUCAGAGUAUUGUUUUACCUGCGAGCCAAGAAGAACAAAAUGAGGUCAAAUAAUACGUUGUUUUUUUUAGAACAGUGAGCAUGUUUUUAAGAAACUUAUGCUGAUAAUAAACAGAAACAAUUCAUAGGUGGGAGAUACAUGGGUUCACAUGCCUUACCUAUAUUUUGCACUUGAAGAUCCCAUCCAUUACUAAAUAUAGAUUUUAAGAAUUGUAUAGUUGGCAGUCCAAAUAAAAAUGAACUCUGUAGAAAACUUUGAAGUUGUGAUAUUGUAUUUGAUUGACCAUUUGUGUACAAUAAAGAAAUGAU